AUGAACUCCACAUUCCAGGGUGUGAAAAAACCACCUUAUCAGAAACGAAGCAGAGUCUCACUAAGUUGUGUCAACUGUAAAAAGAGGAAAAUUAAAUGCUCAAGAACGAAUCCGUGUGAAUCUUGUAUAAAGUAUAGAUUACCAUGUGAAUACCAAACGCCUGUAUGGAACGUGGCACCCCCACACUCAGAGAAUGGUGGACAGAAAAAUGUACAGCAACAGUUUGGCGUACAUAGAAUUGAUAAACCUAUAGCUCAUCAACUGCGUGGAAAUAACAGUGGCAGUAACAACCAAAGUGCACUGAACCUUUCUUCUUCAGAGAAUUCUCUACAGGAACAAUUAAACUUACUUAAAUCAAAGUUGAGAGAAAUUGAAUCAAGCAUUGAGCGUGGCGGUGCUGAUGGUGGUGGUGAUGAUGGCUCUGAUGUUAAAGGCAAUAGUUCUGGAAGUAAUAUCGGAAGCAGUAUUAGUAGUAGUACUACUACUACUACUGCUAGUACUACCACUACCAGCGGGAUCAGCGUGGGAGUUGUAGGUGGUGGUAGUAGUAAUUAUGGAAUGAAUUCAUCACGUACAAGCUCUUUCACCUUGUCCUCAUCAGAGCCAGUACAUCGUCCAACGCUAUAUUGGGAAUCAUUAGACGCCACUAAUAAUCAAACAUAUAUUGGAAUCAACCCCUUUGACGAGUCCAAGAAUGAGACCAUGAGCUUUUUUGAUGGAUAUUGCGCGGUCUACGAGCAAGACAUUGCACGAAGGUAUAAUAACGGCCCAUUCUCAUGGAUCACAAUUGUGAAGAAAGAUCCUGCACAGAAUGCCAUUUGGAAACAUCUUCGUGCUAUGAACACAGAGCAGAAACGCUUGAUUCGGCAAACACCAAGAACUUCAAAGUUACCGCCAGCAUUGAUUGACAGGCUAUCGGCCAAGACUAACGCAGGUAACAGCAACGAUGACCUAUUGCGUGGUGGUGGUAUGCUUGGUGUUAAAAGACAAUGUAAUCUUAAUGAGGAUGAGUUUAGAGAAAAGGUGAUUGACGAACAAGGAUUGAAUGACUUGCGAGUAUAUGGCAAUGUACGAACAAAUUUUAAACAACUGAAUUCAAGAAGAGGAUGUACUGGUAAAAAUGGAGGACAAAGAAGAUCAAAAAGUCCUGAAGAGGAGGAGAAUAGUGCGGGGAAAAUACAUUGUGUAAAUGCAAUAAAUGGAGAAGGAAUAGAGAGUUGUAGUAGUAAUACUACUACUACUACUACUGCUACUACUACUACUAACAACAAUAAUGAUAAUAACAAUAAUAAUGGUGUUGGUAAUAAUGGAACAUCUGGUUCACUUCCUCGCCCUUCCUCAUCUCCUAUUCGACAUGCAGGAGCGCACAGAAGAAACAAUAUUGAAGAAGAACUUUGCUUGAUUGAGUGUGUUCGGCAAUCUCUUCCGAAGCAAAGAGUUGUAUGGACAUCAAUUGAAUUCUUUUUCAAGUACCUUUAUCCCUAUAUGCCGAUUUUGGACGAGAAUACAUUUACUGCGGAGAUGGAGAGAAUGUUGGGCAAGAAAAAUUUUAUGGACAUUGCGUUUCAGGAAUUGAGGAUCGAAAAGAGAUUGGAUUUUGCAUUUCUAGCCGUGUUAAUGGUUUUGUUGCGUAUGACUUAUAAUUCGUUAAUUUCAAACAAACGUGGACUAAAUGAUGCCAAUAUGGAGGAAAGAGAAGAGGGAAAGGACAAGAAGAAAACAAGAGGACAUGCAAAUGGAGACGAACAAGAAGACAGCAAUGCCGAUGACGAGAGUUCUCGUUUGAAUGGUAAAUUUGCAGAUGAUUUGCGAUACUUGUUGUUAAACCCGGUCGAUAUCAAGAUUAUUGACACUGCGCAAUCGUGUCUUGAUCAGUUUGACUUGUACAAACGUACCUCUUUGGUUGUGUUGCAGGCAUUGUUUUUGCUUAAAUUAUACAAGAUGUUUUCACCAGAGGAUGGAGAUGGGUCGGAUGGAGGCGAUUCGCAGGUUUUGAAUGGCCUUUCCGUACAAAUGGCAAUAUCUAUUGGACUCAAUAGAGAUGUUGAGAAAUGCCGGGACACGAGCGAGGGUUAUGCUACACAAAACUUGCAUCGUAAGAUUUGGUUCUUUUUAAUUAUUUGCGAUUUGCUUCAAGGGUAUCAAUAUGGUAAUCCUUUGGUGAUAAAUGAGAAAAUGUACGAUACAAAAUUACCUUUUUUCAAACAUGGCAAUGAGAAUAUCAAUGAUCUGGAAAAGGAAAGAUAUGUUACAGGGACAUUUGCCUACUUUGAAAAAUAUCGAGAGAAAUUGGUAACAAUGUUGGAUGAUUGCCUCAACUUGAGGAAACCUGUUGAGAUGAAAAACUUGACGAGGCAACUUGGUGAUUUCGAAAUGUUUUUAAAUGAUAAUUACGGAACAAUGAGCCACAUCCUUGUCCCUUACGAUCAGAAUAAAUUCCCAUACCCGUUUUUGAAGCUCAUGCAGUGCAAGAAUUACAUGAAUAUGAAGAUGUUUUUGAAUAUAAUUUAUUAUCACAUAUUUUUAUUCUAUGAAAACAAGGUCCGAAACUCUAAUGAUAACAAUGGUCUUGUGGACAAGUCACUAGCUCUAUUUUAUCUCAAGAAAAUGUUUGCGUCGUUUUUUAGUGAGUUUUUCCCAACUAUUUUCAGCUUGCUUUUAGAUGGACAAAAAAACUUUGGGUUAGGUAUAACCACGGAUAUGAUAUUGAACCCAUAUACGCAGCACAUGGUCCACAAGGUAUCGCAAUUUAGUAUAUCCAUAAUGUUGCGGUUGCAAAGCACGAUUUUUAUGUUGAAAUCAAAUGCUGACUAUCAUAAUUUGAGUCUACGAAAUUCUGUUAGUUAUAAAUUGAGGUUUGCCAAAUUGAUGAAACUCUUGAGAUUGAUAGAGAAAAUUUCCGAAGUUUGUAUCUCUGCAAUGGCGAGAUUGAGCCGGAGAUACUAUUAUGCAUGGAGAGUCACAAAGGCUCAUACGUUUUUGGUAAAAAGCAUAGCUAUGAAUGAGGACUAUCACAAAGCGAUACCAAAGGAAGACCAUGUAGAGUUUUUGGAGUGCAGCGAUGAACAAUUGACAGAGUUUUGUAGGAUUUGUGAAGAAGGGUUAAAAAAGUAUACUAAGGCAAAGUCGCAGUUUAAUGUUGAUGGAAGUGGCGAGUUUGAAGAGUUUGAAUCCAUAUGUGGGUUAAAGAAACAUCCUCAUAAGCCUGCAGCAGUAAAUACACCUAUAGGUGUAACGGGAGAAAGACCCGUCACACCCAACACUGGUGCAGAAGAGUUGUUUAGACCAAGGACGAUCCAUAUGCAUGACUUAACUGAAAACAAUGGUGAAGGAAGUAUGGAAUCAAAUUCUACUGCAUCGGUGUUUACCGAAGAAGAACAAAAACAAAAACAUAAGCAAAAGCAAAAGCAAAAGCAAAAACUGCCAAGACUGCUGCACCAACAAGACUUGGAGCAAGUAUUGUCACAUCCUCUUUCGAAUGAAUCCUGGUCAGAUCUUGAUGACAUGAAAUUUGUCAAUAACGAGGAGAUUGACAAUUUGUGGAUCUCGAUGAAGAUGAAGAAUGAGCCGGUAAUGACUCCUAGAUCAGCUAUUGGUUUGGGUGGUGUUGGUGCUGGCAAUAGUGGUCCACUCACUUCUACAAUCACUGGCAACAACAAUAAUAUUCAUAACAAUACUUACACUAAUAGUAGUUAUAAUAAUAACACCACGAGAUACGCAAUUUUUGAGAAUAGUGCACCUACCACAAGUGCAGUACCAACAAUAGCUACACCUGCAGCAGUUAAUGGACAUCAUUAUCCUGCUUCGUUGACGCCAUUGCUAAAUGCUGUUCCAAGUCCGCAAGCUCCUAUUGAUGGUACAUCUUGUGCGAUUGGUGAUGGACUGGGUUCUUUUCAAAAUAAUUAUGGUGAUGAGAAUGGGGAUGACAAUAACAAUAACAAUGGCAGUACUAACAAUAAUGGCGGAGAGGCUUUUAAUUAUUGGAAAACAUUGGAUGACUUUGAUUUGUUUAAUGCAUUGCCGUUGGAAGAUAUUUUAGGAUUGAACAAGUUUUCAUGA